AUGAAAACUUCAAAAAGAAGUAAUAUUAAGUUCUUCUAUUUUUCGAUGGAAGAAAAGCAACCCAUCAGUAACUUAACUCAAUCGAAAGGCCCACAAAACAUCGAACAGGUGAUCGACGACUCGAUCUCGAAACUGGACGAUGGAAAUAAAGUGUGUAUAUCUCCUGCACUAGCACUGAUGUUGAAUGGCAUGGCACAACCCGAAUUUGGGCAGUCUGAGAAAGUGAAUGCAAUGUUUUCUGGACUUCAUGCAUUAAAGAUCUGUAGAGAUACUAUAGCUGAUGAAGAUGAUGAUGUUGAAUCAAGUCAAAUACCAUUAGUAUUUGCAAAGAAGUGUAAAUUACUGUAUUUAGGUGUCAAGAAUGUGUUAUGUGGUGUCGAAUUGAGUGGGACGGAUUUGAAUAAAACUUUAGUACAACUCAAUUUCACUGGAGUUUCUCUGUCUUCUGUUUCUGAGAAAUUAGGCUUAGGUACCUCAUCACGCAUCCGUUGGCCACUUCUUCAAAUCUUAAAAUUGAAGUAUUGCCAAUUGACGGAGUUGGAAGACAUCUUUAACUCCGAGAAUUUCCCCGUCCUCAGAGUCCUUGAUGUGUCACACAACCAUAUCACUAAAAUUAAACGAAUUGGGGAACGCCCCCUCGACGUUUUGAAGCUUGAUUAUAAUGAGAUCCGAGUCGUCUCGUGCCGACAAGUCCGUAACAUUUCCGUGUUCACCAUCGAUAACAACAAACUUAAGCACUUAAAUGGUCUGAAACGACUCUAUAACUUGCGUAAGUUGAGCGCAAAGAAUAAUUUAAUAGACCGAGACCCAUCGACAUUUGAAGUCUUUCGUAAGAUGUAUUGCUUAGAGGAGUUAUACCUCUCUGGUAAUCCAAUGACAUUCAUUCCCAAUUACACAGUCGAAAUAGCAAAGAUCUUACCAUGUCUUCAAUUUGGGACAGAUUGUAAGUUGGACGGCGCCUCAUUCACUCUUGAGGAAAAGGUGAAAGCGUUCUCUGAAGUCAAACAAACGCAAACCGUUAACUACAUCGAUGACACCGACGAUUUCGAUUUUUCACAGUCCAAGUCGAAAAUAUCUGACAUCGCGUCAGAUGUUGGAUCGACAUUGCAAGGGUCUUCUAUAGGAAAAAGUUUUGCGAGUCGAUUGCGAGGAAAGUUAAUGGGGAACACUACAACAACUCAAACACUUUCUGCUUUGACCAAUCGUGAGGAGACUUUGAAAGAUGAGAUUUCAGAGAAAAACGAGAAGUUCAUCGAAAGCAAGAUCAAAAUUCUUCAGAAGAAGUCGAGCGAGAAUCCGGCAGAAGUCGUCAAUGCUGACAAAUUCAUUCGAAAGAUCCGACGAAUUGUGUCGUUCUAUGAAGACUUGUCGGACACGAAUAUUCAUAUUCAAGCGGCUAAAAGAAAGUCCGCCAUUGAGAUUAAAGCAAAAGAAGAAGCUAAAAAGGUCGGAAAGAAAACGGACUGGACAAAUGGGCAGAAGAGAGCAGCUGGUAAAGUCAAUUACUUUGCAUUGAAGGAGAAAGUAGUUGACAUUAGAUUUGAUGAUUAUGAAGACAACAUCCCCGCUGCUAUUUUAUUGGAUAUCAUUCGACGAUUUGUGGCGGUCGACAAACUCGGGAUUAAAAUACGAUUCUUGUCAGCCAAAAAGAAGUGGGACGGUGUCGUUAAUAUCAACUGUCCUAUCGACUUUCCUCUGUUCUUCGACUUUUUGAGAAUCACAAAUUCAAGACUGAAACAUAUCGUCGGUAAAGAGAAAGAAAAGACGGACUUCUUGACUGGUAUCGAAAUCGAUAAGGAAGAUCCAGAAUUCAAAAACUCAUUUUUCUUUAGAAGCGACGCACAAAAAUCAGACUUGAAGACGACAGCUGGUCUUUCACUGGAAUUCAACCCAGUCGUCAAUACUACAAACUUCGAUGGAAUUAAAAUCAAACCACUCAAUGUCACGUCGGAUAUGAUAUCGGAUGAAGACUCCAGACAGAUUGGAAUUAUCAAUGAUCUCCUUUCAAAAGCCCAAUCAAUCGAAAAUUCCAAAAACAUCUAA